AGGAACCAUAAUGGCAACGGCGUCUUAUCCACUUGACGCAGAUCUAAUGCGGGAGGUCCUUGAAUGUCCAAUCUGCCUGGAGACCUUCAACGAGGACCAACUCAGACCGAAACUCCUCCAGUGCGGUCACACGGAGGAACAUCUGGUCAAACGCAACAAUUUGGGGGCUUCGUCCGAGAUGACACGCUGACAAUUGGACCUUCUCUUGCAAUCUUCUGGACAGACUCACAUGGCCAAAACAUAAUUCAAGGUAAGCAGAACCUUUCUUUUUAGAUAAAAUCUGCAUUAGGAGUCUGCCCAGAAGUCUGUAAGUUAAACACUGCUUUGUACCGCAGACACAGAAUGGUGAUUUUGAUAGAUUGAUUGCAUUUUUGCCGAGCCUGCCAUUGCAUUAAAAUUGUAAAUAGGUGGUCAACUCACGCCAUUGUGUCUCGAUUACCGUGACGGGCAGUUUCAUUGACGAGUGAACUAAUAGUUGGGUGUGGCUCACCCUGGGUAGUUGGUCGCCGCCUAAAAGAGUAACGGGUUAAAGGCCCUCGUAUGAUAUGGAGGUUAGAGGCCUGCAUAUUGCACGAUAAAUUGCACGGGUUAGAGUUAGAGGCUCUAGCUGCGUAUUGUACGAAAAAUUACGGGGUUAAAGGCCGCCGUAUGGUUUGUGGGUUAAAGGCCUUCAGGGGUUCGAGGCCCUUCUGAAAAAAAUAGACACAAUGGCCACUGAGUGUGACAGACAGGAAUGUGAUGGCGGUCGGGGAGGAAUGUGAUGAAUCAUUACUGUGUAAUGAUCAAUUGAAUGGACGGUUGUCGACAAUAAAAUUAGCAAGUAGAGUUUAAAAAGAAAAAAAGAGAACGUUCCUUGAAAGGGUUAAGAGGGAGUUUACAAUACUCGAAAAGUUGUGAACUCAAACGUCAGGUAAAAUAAAAAAUAAAAUAAAAAAGUAACUGGAAGUUUUAUGGUAAAGUGAAACGCAGAGAGAGUGCUUACGUGUGUGUGUGUGUGUGUGUGUGUGUGUGUGUGUGUGUGUGUGUGUGUGUGUGCGCUGGUGAAAAUGGUCAAGAGAAAAAAAAGAGCAGGGUUGGUGCUCGAGAAUUUAAGAGUUUGGCGUAUGAUAAAAGUAAACGGGGAUUACGUGGAAAAACGAAAUGCAACGAAAGAACCGAUGAUUAAUGACAGAAUUGACUGAUUGGUCUUUUGCCUGCCGCGCAUGCGUAAGACAAUUCAAACGACCCGCCCAGACUUUGACUAAGCCACCGCCCUAUGACGUAAAGCCGGAGGCGUCUUUAUACCCACUUUUGACAGUCACAGGAGGAGCCCUGGUGGUCGAAACAGAAACAAAGCUCUCUGGUCCACCCCCUACUCCUGUUACAAAUGAGGGCGGUGCUCACACAGCCUCUCUAAGAUUGAACCCUCCUCCAAAACUAAUGCUGUCUCCUGAGUGUAAAUCACCUCUGGUGCCUAAGCCCCAAAAUAACAGCCACCCAGCGGAAAACCUCCCGAAUAUGCCUAAUCUUACUAGACAGCAGAUAAUGCAUGAGUCAACGCAAAACUCCUCACUUUACACGCCAGACCAUUUUGUUGCCAUAAACAAAUGCCCUCCCCCAGUAGAUGACAGCCUCUCACGUGCACAUCAGACAUUCUUGAACAACACACAACAGAGCCAGACUUUGUGGUCUCCUGUAACUGUUAAUGGCUCAAUGGAAGGCUACAUUGACCAACACCCACAUGAACCACAUGCAUACAACAUACGCUCAAAAAAGCUGGAGGGACACGCAUAUCCACUUUUUCCUGAUAAUAGCGGCAGAUUCCAAUAUAAGCCUUUUGCUGUGGCAGACAUGCAAGCCAUUGUUGACAAACUUCCACCGGUGUCUGAAGGUGGGAGUCUUUGGCUUAACACGUUAGACAAACUAACAGCAGGGUACACUCUCUCAGUAGAAGACUUUAGAAGCAUUUUGUAUCGUUGUGUUUCCACACAAGAUGGCAAAAAUACAGAACAACAAGUAGGAUUAAUGGCUGAAUCUUCGACCUCACCGAUAACACCAUACGUUACAAACAUAGCUACUGCUAUGCGCAGUCUCUUUCCUCAAGAUGAGGAUGAUAAGGCUAAUGACAGAGCAGCAAGGAAGCAACUCCUUAAUUUACAGAUCGCUGAAAAUAAAAGGUUAAAAGAACCAAAAGGUCAAAGAUCAGCUAGGAUAUAUUCAGCAGUGGGUGACCUUGCUUUUGAGUUCCAACAGGUGGAGGAAAGAAUCCUCAACAGACGUGGGACCAGACGGUUGGACUCGGGUGGUGGACAACACGGUGCUUCAAAGUCAGUCCGGGGAAGAAACUGUUUUGCCUGUGACCAGCCUGGUCACUGGGCUCGAGAAUGUCCGAAUAUUUCUGAACAGGAAAGGUCCCGGUUUGCCGGCAAACGAACAUUAUACCGGCGUGGCAAAGGACGCCCACCGCAGGAGCCCCAGCAGGAGAUACAGACUGGCCCCCUGCUGGACAUGAGUGUCAACGGACAAUGUUAUCAGUUCGUGAUUGACACUGGCGCCACCCAUUCGAUUCUGAAUGCAGAGGUACCAAAGAAACUGUGUGCUUCCUCUUUAAAGGUCAAAGGCUUCGCUGGGGUCACAAGAAGGUUACCUGUCACCAAACCACUUCCGGUUCAGAUUGCGGGACACACACUAAAGCACCCCUUCGUGAUUGACCUGCACACACCCUGCCAGAUUGGUAAUGACCUCCUUUACAGACUGUACCCUGACAUUCAAUAUCGCACAGAAGGAACCUUCCUGGUGUUACCUGACGGCUCAACCACCCAGCUGCGACACCACUACCAAGGCUCCUCCAUGAGCUCCUACCACAGCCUGAAACAACAGGAAUGGCUGACAUCCAACUGCUCUAACAGUGAAAACCCUGACUGACUGAGAUGCUUCCGUGUGUUCUGCCACCCGACUCGCCAUAUGUUAUGAUCACCAGUUAGACACUCGAACCAGGAGACCUUUGACUCCUUUGUAUAUUUAUAUAUGUUGGAACUCAAGGUGUGGUUGCUCAUGUUGACCUAUCUUUGAAACAACUAGCAUGGUAUAAGAUGGACACAAUUGUGUCCCACAUUGUUCACUUGCUCUCUGUCUCGCCUACAAAACCAAAGAACUUAGGUGCAAUGAUAAGACACGGCGUAGCUGCCAAACAUUACACCGACACCCAAAUACCACAUUUUCAAUUGUUUAGGUUUAGCACAUAGUUGUGUUAAACACAUAACUAUGGGCUGCACUUUAGACACCUGUAGGCUACGAGGAGCUAGCAGCUACACAACAGCUGAGCUAAAACGACACAUUACACAUUUAAGCAUAUCAAAUAAUUAUAGUUGCUCAUUACAUACACAAAGUUGCCAUGGCAGAAGUCUGAUAGAAAGUAUUCAGUAACAAACGUGUCCGCAUCAUUCGACUUUCUACAACAUGAGCUUGACUUAAUCAAUUAUUGGGGCCACCAGGUGUGGUAAAAUUUCAAAAUACUAUUGAUAAAGCAUCCGCCAUACGGGUAGUAUUUUUCUAGUAUUUGUGACAAUAUAAAAUAUAAGCAUAUUUAGUGGAGUUUGAGUUAUUUGUGAUAUUGCUAAGGGGUCCCCUACCCUAACACCACCCCCCAGUGGACCACAGAGGCUAAAGAGACUAUCAUUGACCUCAAACAUGACUUGUCCUCCGCUACUUGACUAUUAGCUGACCUUUUUCUUAGAUGUUUCUGAAAGUGAUAGUAUGACUAACACAGUCCUUUUUCAGAAACAGAAGGGGGUGAGUGAGGGUGGAUACAGACUCCUUGGAACAAAAUCGACAAUAAUCCGACUCUGACACAUUCCAUAGUUUUAACGUUUUUCCCGUGGGUAAGAAGUUAUAACUAAUUUUCAUUUGAAAAUAACAAUUUUACACAUCGAUAGUAGUUUAGUAGAUCAAAUUUAGAAUAUGGAGGAGGUGAGGGUGAACCAUGUAUAGUCUUUGAUUUCACUGAUAUGAUCAAUACGGUACAAGGGAAAAGGUACGUACUGACUUGUGUUGACAAUCACAGUGGUUGGCCGGAAGCAACAACAACCUCAAAAGAGGAUGCAAUAUCAGUAAUUAAAUGACUUGUGAAUGAUCUAGUACCCCGACAUGGUUUCCCCAAAAAGAUUAGGUCAGACAACGGCAACCAUUAAAAAAAAAUACUCACUUAGCCUUGGUCGAAAAGGCUUUCGGACUAGAACACAGGUUUGGGGUACCAUCCUAAGUCCCAAGGUAAGGUCGAGAGAAUGAACCAAAACAUCAAGACAAAAUUGGCUAAAAUCUGUGCACAGACCAAAUUGAAGUGGGUUGACGCGUUACCAUUGGCUUUAAUGACCAUCCGAAUGUCCAUGAACAAAACUGGUUUUUCACCCUAUGAACUGCAUUCAGGUCAGCCCUUCCCAGGACCAGCUGCCUCCCUGGAAGGAAGAAUCAGCGUAAAACCAAAAUGGUACUUUGAACAAAUUCAGAAUUUGUGUAAUAAUUUCUCUGCACAGAUUCGUGGACAACAAUCCACUCCUCCAGGGACCCUCCCUCCCGUAGAGUGGGUCAAGCUCAAAGUCAUCAAACGCAAGUGGACGGAGCCCAGGUGGACUGGUCCCUUCAAGGUCGUGGAACGGACGUCUCACGCCCUUCGACUAGCUGGUAAAGGGGACACCUGGUACCACCUCUCCCUCUGCACUCCUGCUGAAGAACCUGAUAGAUCACCAGCGGAUGUCAUUGCUGACAUAGCCACAUCAUCUGCCCCACUCGACCCCCUAGCAGCGCCUUUUGAGCCUGAGGCAGCUGAAGAAGAACGGGAGCAGAAAACGACUCAUUUUUAGUGGGUGUGUUAACGAAGUAACACACAUAAGGGGUGAUCGUGCUAGUAACCUCUCCCCCUCUAGGUCAUAGAAGAGCGAGGCUUUAAUUACACACACAUAAUCCUACAGCCCAGAAGACGACGCUGAGAGAGAGAUUUUCUACCUAUAUUACUCUUUUUAACUUCUAUAUUGUAUAUCCUUAUUUGAGACCAGCCUUUAUACUCGAAGUUAUCCAAUUUCUCUUGCUUGUUUUCAGCAUAACUAUCUGUGUCGUUAUAUUAAGUGAAAAGUUUGAUGUUUAUCCCCGUUUCGUUACCUGAAUUACUCUGAUUUUGAUAGUCGAAAAGCAGGAUGUUACGCCCAGAAGUAUUUCCUGACGGAUUGGUGUUUAGGCUUGUUCUACUGUUCUUGUGCCUCAGUCCUUCCUUCCCGACGACAGUGACUGACAAGUGUCUUAGAACAUACGGCGGACUUGAAAUAGACUGGGUUAGGGGGGACAGCAAGACUUAUUUUUUUGACCUGUGCAGUGUGAUUAAAUGCGGGGGGAAAAAUAGUUUGUACCGUAGUAGUAACCUCUAUCUUUGUUACGACAUAAAACUGAAUCAUUGGUGUCGGAAGCAGACAACAUACUCUAGUGGGUGGUGCCCCUCAUGGACGAGUGUAACCCACUACACAGGGCCCUCUUUUUACCAUUACCGCCUACCUCUACUAUUACAAGUUAUUCAGAGAGGGAUGACCUUUCAGAGGAAUUUUGAUCGUUCCCAGAAUCCCCUUGCACUUACAAUUAUCGGAAUGGGUGUUGUGCCAAGUCCCUUUUAUGUUGUUUUGGGGGUUGAACAGGCUGGUACGGACCCUAAAGGGAUUAUUAAAAUUAAUAUCCUUGAGAGGGCAUUAACUACCUUUGCCCCCUCUGUAGCACCUAAAGUGCCACUCCACCUCGGUGACGUUACAAAAGCUCUCACAUCUGUGUAUACUAAUGACAUCACCACUGAAGACCUGGUAGCUUUGACCUUAGGAGCAGGUGCAGGCAACCUAUGGCUCAGGUGGAUGACUAGCAUGGCUAAGAGCCAAAACCUGGGUGACUGUGUUGCUUGUUCCGCUGGACGUCCUUUUCCCCACACUUACCCCGCCCCUUUUAAGUUGACUGACAUAAAUGGCUCAAACUGUCUUAUUUCCUUGUUCUCUGAACCCACGCCACCAGGGUGCGAUUUGUUGGCUAGUGUGUACCCUCCUGUUGACAAUUCCACCCGACUUCUUCCAUUUGUGGCCCAAAAGCUGAAUUACACGUGUUUUCAAUUCAAAGGACCCUCUUCGUCCCCCAACAAAUUGGGUGAUAUUAACCCUUCCUGGUGCACCACACUGAUAGAUGGCUCAAGGAUAGGCCCUUGGGCACGAGCUGACUUAUUCUGGUAUUGUGGGGAGCACAGAUUGUACAUUAGAAUCCCAAAGUCAUCCGUAGGGCUUUGUGCUAUGGUUAGACUGGUGACCCCACUCACCCUAGUGGGUACCAAAUUAACUCCCCUUGUAACUCCUGUCUCAGCGGCCUCUCUAACUUCUCGCCGACGCCGCCAUGUUUUAUCUCGAAGGAGUGUAAAGGGCUCCUUUGAUCUGAUGAGAAACCCUGAUGGUGUUUACUUUGAUGCAAUUGGACAACCAAGAGGGGUCCCCUCACAACACAAAUUGUGGUGUGAAUCCUGUGCAGGUUUCGAGAACCUUCCUAUCAUUGGUGCUAUUUUCCCUGUGACUGCUACUAAAAAUGUUGAACGCAUUAACUAUGUUUUUUAUAAUCUGUUGAGACUGACCAACCUGACUCGUGACGCCGUUGAGGGACUUGCUGAACAACUUGCCCCGACCUCUCUCAUGGCCAUCCAGAACCGCAUAGCCCUUGACCGCAUCCUAGCCAAGGAAGAAGGCGUGUGUGCAAUGUUUGGUGACCAAUGCUGUACCUUCAUUCCUAACAACACUGCACCAGAUGGCUCAGUUCAGAGGGCCUUAGAGGGCCUCCAGGCCCUGUCUAAGGAACUUACUGAAGUUUCAGGGGUCUCUGACCCCUUUAAAGAUUGGCUCCAAAGCACAUUUGGCAGGUGGACUGACCUAAUUAAGUCUGUCCUGGUCUCCAUUGGAGUUUUCUUGGCCAUUAUAGCCUCUUGCGGUUGCUUUAUCGCCCCUUGUGCUAAGUCUCUAUGCACCCGCAUCAUUGUUAGAGCUGUAGAAGGUCAACCCCACCCUGUUUCUGGGCUCGUUAUGUCUUUGAAGGGGGUCAAGCAAAAUGGAGACUUUCGAGAAUUGUUGAUUUCCUUCCCUGACCAUGACGACAUUGACGUGGACUCCCUCCAUCUGUCAUCCAUGUAAAUAUGCUGUUGUUUUAUUGCUAGCUUGCUCAAAGAAAAAAAACUACAGCACCUACUUUAAUGUGGGGCGUGCUUUAGAGGUGUUGCUCUCGUAGGAGAGAUCUUUUGGAUAAGAUCUGAAGGGGGAUUGUAGAUAAUGCAUAUGUUUAAGAGCUAUUUCUUUAUUCAUAAUCAUGUUUGAAUCAGCUCAUUUCUUUCCUUAAUUUUACUCUGUAUACUAGUUUCUCUUUGUCUUCAGAUUGCCUGGUUAGAUAGGGUCGUAAACCAUCAGGAAUGUGAACACAACCCCCAAGUCUCUCUUCUUAUCAGUGUUGGGGGGAGGGGAAAGGCGGGCUUUCUUUGUGUGAAAAGAGUUGCUUUUGGCCUGUGGAAGGCCAGAUCAACUUGGGCUACGCAUUUGGAUGUGUUGUUCGAGGCUGGUCUCUAUUCUCAAAUAUUUGACAAUAAAAUUAGAAAAUACCUAUUCUGUGAUUGGUGUAUAUUCGAGAUCAGUUUAUGUGUCAUCUAAGUAACUUGGGACUGACCAGCGUUUUACAUCCCACUAGGA